UAAUUUUGUCCAACUCACGUUCCCGAUAUUCUUUAGACUUUUAAAUACCCAAAGAAUUCCCUUGACGUAGACCACCUUCUGUGUAUUUUUUGUUCUUUAGUAUCGUUCCCCUUAAAUUGAGUUUUAUUUUUCUCUCUCCUCUACUCACCCAUGGAAGACUCUACCUCGUCAAACCAGUCUUGUGAAAGAAAUGAACCAGUGAGAUCAAGGUGGAACCCAAAGCCAGAACAAAUCCUAAUACUUGAGUCCAUCUUCAAUAAUGGGAUGGUAAAUCCCCCAAAAGAUGAGACAGUUAGAAUCAGAAAAAUACUAGAGCAAUUUGGCACCGUUGGAGAUGCAAACGUCUUCUAUUGGUUUCAAAACCGCCGGUCAAGGUCUCGCCGUCGUCAACGACAAAUUCAGGCGAGCCUUAGUGCGGUCGAAGUUGGAGGAGAACAAUCUGCAAGUGCAACGUCUAGUCGUGGCGGUGCAAUUCAGUUUCACACUAGUACUGCAAAUGUGGGGCCCCUGUCUAUUUCUUUCCCUAUGGCUGCAACUGCACCUUCCAGUUAUCUUCUACUUGGUUCCUCCUCCUCUUCUUCUUCACCUGGAGGAGCUGUGGGAAAUGCAAAUGAUGGCCUCUUCCCCUUUUCUGGUCAAAUGGGUCUUCCGCAAGUUGAGCAAAACUCUUCUAUCUCAUCAAUUUUGUGCUCAUCACCAACAGACAAUGCUAAUCUGCACUAUCAAACUGGGUUUAUCACAGUUUUUAUUAAUGGUGUAGCAACAGAGGUGCCCAGAGGGCCAGUCAACAUGAAAGCUACGUUCGGCAGUGAAGACUUAAUCUUGUAUCAUUCCUCUGGGGUGUCACUCCCAGUUAAUGAACACGGUUUUAUUGUUCAGAGUUUGCAACAUGGUGAAAGCUACUUCCUGGUUUCAAAACCAGCUUAAGGCGAAUUGUACGAUCUUUUUCUUGAGGAACUAUCCUUGUACUUUUGUUUUAUACCCAGAAGGUUAAAUUUUCUUUUUACAAAUACGCACUGUUAAGUACCCAUUAUUUUGAUCUUGUGCCUCUCCAUUUUUUCUUCUCUCACUCUCUCCCCCUGCCCCAACCAAUAUUUCAUUUGUUUUCAUCCAAGGAAAAAUAAUGUAACACAAAAUAAACUUAUUUGAAACAGAGAGGAAUAUGAGGGAAGAAUCCUAGCAAAUUGAAGAAGAGAAAAAG